AACAUACUUCGCGCAUGACACCACGCGUCGGGGUAAACGGCGGGCGUACAUACGUGGAUGUUUUUAUUAUUUUGAUAAGCGAAAGGAUUGGGCAACGAGUAUUAUCGCACCUGAUUUUUGCCCGAGAAAAUCCACGUCUCUAAGCUUUCGGUAUCGUCGAAUAGCUCUGGCUGGUAAAUUACAUCUCAACGUAACGACUUUCUAUUAACGAUCAAAUAAAUAUCUGCUUAACACCGACUUUUAGCCGGUCUGCUUCGCCGACUAUUAAAAUCACAAAUUACACCCAACAUGGCCCGGACAAAGCAUCAGGAAAAACCACCAAAGCCAAAGGCAAAAUCGAUAGGCACCAAUGAAAACAAGAAGGAGUAUUCGACCAAGAUACCGAUGCUCAAUAGUAUUUUAGCUGUUUUGUGCAUUCUAGUUGCGGCAUGGUUCAGCUACAAGGGUUACCUCGAAACCCGUGUCAAUACCCCUUUUGAUACAGAGAAGCUUGUUAUUGAAACGGGAUUGGAUGUACCAGAGAGAUACUGGGGGACCUAUAGUUCUGGAAUUUACUUUGCAUUGAAAACUAGAGAUCCUCAUUCCCUGGUAACCGGUUUAAUGUGGUACUUUCCGCAGCAUCUGAGGCAAGGUGGAGAGGGAUUCAGACACUGGUGUGAACAAGGAGACAGACUGGACAGAUAUGCUUGGUUGGAGCACGAUGGGAGGAAUUUUGGAAUACAAGAAAUCUUGGAUGGAGGAGCAGUUAUCAAAACAUCAUUUGUAAAAAAACUUGGAGGCAGCCAUGGUGGAGACUGGACAGCAAGGAUUGCAGUAUCAUCUGAGCAAAAAGAACGCGAUGGAGAAGAAAUUUCUCUACUCUAUUACACCGCAAUCGAGGAAAAGACUAAAGGCUGGAUCAAAGCAGCUAGCGGAGGUGAUGAUAAGUUGACCGGGGUCACAGGGGAAACCGAUGGGUUAGGUACUUUCAAGUUAGAUAUAAAUCCAAUAAGUGGAGUGGUGGAGGAGCAUUCUUAUCUGGUGACUGCAGCCCCAGGCUUACAUGUUUUGAAGGAAACAGUCCUGCACAAUUUGCAACUGGCAUCCCAAAAAGUGGGUUCAAAGAGGAGAAUCAUUUUGGGGGGUGAGCAGCUACCGCUAGACACAAAGGGUAAAGAGGUACAGCCAAAUUUCAUAGUCUCGCAAGUAACCGCAAAGAUUCCCUUUGAGUUUGAGGUCACCUUUGAAUCCGGGAGUUUUUUGGAUCGUGGUGAAAAACUCACUGGAAAAACUUACGAUACAACUUUAGAGAAGCAGAGAAAAGUGUUCAAUGAUAAAUUUGAGAAGGUGUUCAAACUGAAAUCCAAAGGGUUCAAAGACGACGAAAUCAGCUUUGCCAAAAUGGCAUUUUCGAACAUGAUUGGGUCUAUUGGCUACUUUUAUGGCAGCUCACUUGUACAAAGUGAGUACACAAAAGGCUCUGUUCCUUAUUGGAAAGCCCCCUUAUACUCUGGAGUACCGAGCCGUAGUUUCUUUCCCAGAGGCUUUUUGUGGGAUGAAGGAUUUCAUGGUCUCCUAAUUUCUGCAUGGGAUCUAGACAUCGAGUUGGAUAUAAUUUCUCAUUGGUUUGACCUCAUGAACGUAGAGGGUUGGAUACCAAGAGAGAUGAUCUUAGGUCAAGAAGCUCUGGCAAAAGUGCCAGAGGAGUUCAUCACUCAGGUAAACACGAAUGCAAAUCCACCCACAUUCUUCCUUACGCUUCAGUCGAUUCUGAAACGCUACAACGGGGAAUUUAGCGAAAAGAAUAUUCAAGCACUGGAAAGAUUGUAUCCCAGAUUGCAGACCUGGUUUGACUGGUACAACACAACCCAGACUGGAGAUUUGCCUGGAACCUAUCGAUGGCGUGGUAGAGACCCAACUGCAAUCCGGGAGGUAAAUCCGAAAACGCUAACCUCUGGGCUGGACGAUUAUCCUAGAGCAUCACAUCCAAACGUUGAUGAGCGUCAUGUAGAUUUAAGAUGUUGGAUCGCGUUUUCGGCUAAUAUAAUGGCCCAGAUUUCGGAGGUAGUUAAACGGCCAGGUUGCAAAUACUCGGACACCUUUAGCUACCUUUCUAACAACGACAUCCUGAAUAAACUCCACUGGUCUCCAGGAGCAAGACGUUACUGCGACUAUGGGUUACACACGGAUAAAGUUGUUCUUCGACGGCCCAAGCCACCACCUAGGUCGCAUUCUCCGACUUCGGAGAUGAUCAGAGUAGUUUUGGAGGAUCCUACGCUUCGUUACGUGGACACGACAUUUGGUUACGUAUCUCUAUUUCCAUUUAUUCUAGAGUUAAUUGAACCAAAUUCUCCACAGUUGGGAAAGAUUUUGGAGGACCUGACGAACCCCGAUUUGCUUUGGACAAAUUAUGGUUUAAGAUCCCUGGCGAAGAAUGCACCGCUUUACAUGGGAAGAAAUACGGAACACGACCCUCCCUACUGGCGUGGAGCUAUAUGGAUGAACAUAAACUACCUGGUGGUCAGGUCUUUGAAGCACUACUCCAAAUAUGAGGGACCCCAUCGAGCUAAGUCGCUCAAGAUCUAUAACGAACUCCGCCAAAAUUUAAUAAGGAAUGUUAUUUCCAAGUACAAACAAUCCGGUUACAUGUGGGAAAACUACGGCGACACACAUGGGGAGGGUAAAGGGAGCCAUCCAUUUACAGGAUGGACUUCGCUCAUUGUCUUGAUAAUGUCUGAACUUUACUAGGAGGUGUUUAAAAUUCGGAGUGAUGUGAAAACCGUUGAUAAAAGACCUUUGGUAAAUAACCUAACUAGUAAUUAGCUAUAUCUAUAUUAAAUAAUGUAGUGACAUAUCAAUUUCAAAUAUGAAUCUUCAUUAGUGAAUUUUAGGAGCUAUAUUCUAAAAUCAGGCAAAAGUAUAUUGCAAAGUUGUUAUAAUGAAAUGCUUGUUUGCCUGAAGAAACUGAGCAGAUAAUUGAAUAGAGAACCAAUUUCAUAGACAUAAACCAAUUCAAUGCUAUUAUUAAGUAAACUUAAGAGACCUUGCGCUACGAUGUUAUAAAGAAAUAUAUAUUAUCUCGAACAGUCUAGCAACCUCUCUGAUGCACUUGCUAGUUCUCAAAGUUGAAUUUUUGCUCGAAUAUAGUAGGUGAUGGUAAAACGAUUACCGUAUUCAUAAUUUUAACAAACUGUACUCAAUUUCCAAGUUAUACAAUGCUAAUCUAUCUCUCUUUCUCUCAUUACUCAUUAUCAGUCAGAAAAAUGAACGAAAUUUUAAAAGAUGCUCAAACAAGUAAUCGCAGCGCAUCGCCUUUGAACUGUGUCUUUGUAAACCUUAUAGGUUUACACUACAUACAUUGUAUGUAAGCUUGUACAUAGCAAACGGAGAGAAAAACCAAAGGAGUACUCUUAAAAAUCCUGGCUGUGAGUUGUUAAACUUUCUACUAGUACGAGCUUUUAUAUAUUAUAAUUGAAGUCCGUUUCAAUGUUCGUGUUCUCUACACUCUUGUAAUAUCGUUCCGUUGUAAUAAAAAUCUUAUUUUCAAAA